UCUCUUCCCCUUUUUUAAUUUGCAUUCUUCGGAAUGUCAUCGUUCUCUUCGACUUUGCCCGUGUUUUCAUCGUGAAUCUCGUUGUUUUCGAUUAUUACCUGUUUGUUGAUUUUGAUUUGAGAUCAGCGUUCUACAUUUGAAUUCUGCUAUUAUCUGGCUGGCUCUAUCUGGAUCUCACCUUAUUGCUGCCAUGAAGACGGGAGCAUCAUCUUUAAAUCCUUAUGCUGCCUCAUAUGUUCCUCUUUUCAAAAGAGGAGCUGCUGCUGCUGUUGGUACCAAAGAUUUCAGUAAGUCGAGGCUCCUCAACAAUGUAAGCGAUGUUGUUUGGUAUGGACAUCAGCCGGAUUACGCCUCCGGGAAUGGUGAUUUCACUAAAAGAAAUGACCACCAUGCCGAUGAAUUCUAUGCUUCUCCAUCACACCAUCCGAUGAUGAUGAUGAACGAUAAUCAAGAGUUUAUGGACUUAGCCUACCUUCAAAUGACUUUCCCAUGUGUUUCCAAGGAGUCACUUUCUGAUGUCUAUUUCGCCAAUGGAUGCGAUCUGGAUGCUUCCAUCGACAUGCUGGAUCUACUCGAGACUUACUCUGAUGAUCAUCCAUCAUACAAGCUUCCAGACACUUUAGACAUUGGAGAUGUGCCGGACUCUUUCGAGGCUCCCAGUCAAUCGCCGGCGCAAGAACAAUGGAGCACGCCGUUGUUGGCAAAAGCAAAAACUUCUACACCAGGUUCAUCAUCCAUUCUGUCUUCUCUCAGCUGAUGGUUCAUGAUCAGAUUCAGACAUCUUGAGCUUGCAGUUGAUGGUAGAAUGUGUGUAGUGAAAUGGGAAAUCUUGUUUAAUUCUAGUUUUGCCUUUGUUAUAUGCAUCGUAUGGCUUUUGGUCAAUUGAGCUAGUUUUGUACUUCCA